AUGGCAAUAUUGAUCACAAGCAGUGAUGCAUCAGCAACUACUUGGCAAAUACAUUUUCAAUACGAAUUUCUUAUAAAAGCUUGGGGUUUGUUGACAAUUGACAUCACAAUUCGUUAACCUCUUCGAUUGUAAAGAGUCUAAUCUUCAACAAAAACCAAAACCUACAAAAUGUUUAAAUUGUUCGCUGUCUGCUUCCUCGCUCUCUUCGCUGUUGCCUUCGGUGCUGCUAAGCCCGGUCUGUUGGCUGCACCUGCCGCUCUUGCGUACUCCGCUCCAGUUGCCGCUGCUUAUGCUGCUCCAGUCGCUGCUCCCUUAACUGCCGCUUAUGCUGCUCCAGUAGCCGCGCCCUUAGCCGCUGCCUACGCCGCCCCAGUGGCCGCUGCUUACCAUGCCGGCUAUGCUGGAUACGUUGCGCCAUAUGCCAGCAGCUACUCAGCUCACUCUAUUGCUCACUCCGCCGCUUUCCCAGCUGCUUAUGCUGCUGCCCCAGUUGUCGCCGCUGCGCCCGCCGUUGCUGUGCUGAAGAAAUAG